AUGUCUCGCCAAAUUGACAGGCUGGCUCAACCAGCUAACAAAAAGAAGAUGAAAGUCAUUAUCGCCAGCUGCAGCAGAUCGGGUACUUUAGGCCUCCUCGCCGCCAUGAGGAUAUUAGGUUUCAGUCCGUACCACAUGACCGAGGCUUGUUUUAGUGGCCCACUGCAUAUGAAGAUACUAGAGGAAGCCGUGAUUGCACAGCAUAAUCGCUUCUCAGGUAUCAAACGAUACGAAAGGGCUGAAUUCGACAAGUGGCUGAGUCAAUAUGACUGCUUCAUUGAGCUUCCCAGCUAUUUGGGCGCACAGGCUCUGGAAGUAUAUGCCGAAGACCCGGAUGUCAAGUUCAUUCUAACACACCGUGACCCGGACAAAUGGGUGACAUCAAUGAACAACACCGUCGCCAAUGUAGUGAGAAUGGCAACUUCGUUCCCCAUGAAUAUCUUGAAACACUUCGAUAUCAUCCUCAAAAGCUUCUUCCGUCUUAAUCAAGUCAUGUUCUGGGCUAUAUCUGACGGAACAAAUCCCGGGGACCCGAACAAUGAGGCCGCGCUGCGUAGAAACUAUGUUGAAUAUAUUAAAUUCGCGAAAAGCACACUCCCCAGGGAGAGGCUUUUGUUGAUUAAACUCGAGGAGGGUCUCGGCUGGGAGCAGAUCUGUCCGUUCUUGGACCUACCAAUCCCUGAUGAGAAAUAUCCACGGGGAAACGAGCCUGAAAAGUUUCAAAAACUGUUAGAAGACACCCUGAAGCCCAGAGUCCAACGAGCUGCAUUGAAAGUGGGAGCGCUGGCUGUGACUGCACUUGGAAUUAUAGGCUAUGCUGGAUGGCGCAUAUCUCAUUGA